CAACAACGGAGUCAGUGGAGCCGCUAUCUUGGUACGGAUUGCCUCGUUCUCUCCGCGCGACGCGCCUUCGCGUACGUAGCGUUCGUUCUGUCGAAGCAUGAACGGCGUUUUCGCAACCGCCCGAUGCGAUUAGUAGAUCGAUCGGGCAUCGCGCAAAGGCAGCCGCGGAACACGCAUGACUUCGAUCCCCGAAUCGAAUACUCGUCGCUGUGCAGUGCUCGUGCACUUGGCUGCCGUGUGGUACACGCGAGAAAGGCACUUCCUGCGAGUGAAUCAGCGCGGCAUCGCAGCAUCGUCGCCAGCGAGCGAGCGAGCGCCAGAUCAGGCCGAUCACGAAGGAACGGUUGUGCGCGGUGGAAUUGUAAGAAACUGAUGCCGUAAUGGCAAGAACUAACUCGUUAUCCUCGCGAUGCCGCUCCCAUGCGAGACCCCAGCGGGACCCGGUGGCUGCGUGAGGAGUGCGUUAAACGGCAGGACGGCGAAGACAUUCGUCGCGGCGAAAGGAUCUAGUUUCGUGACAAACUGGCAUCGCGGCGCGGUUAAAUAGACGAUAACGGUGUUGGUACGUGCUCUGUGUUCGUUUCUCUGUGAUGGUGAUUGCCGCCCACUCGAUAUCGUAUUUUCCGAUUCCGUAAUAGUGCAUCUGUUCUGUGUGCGCGCGCGCGCGCGUGUGUGUGUGUGUGUGUGUUUACGUAUGUUGUUCAGCGAAACAGGAGCGAGAGGCGAAACGAAAAGGCUUGCAGAAUCCUGCGCGGCAACGUUACACGUUUGAAUAUUAAUGAUACCAAGUUGUCGCGCGCUUCCUCCGUGAUCUCUCGAGCGAAAAGAGGGCAAAUCGGAAGGAGAGUGAAAGAGAAACGCCAUCCUGUCGUCAGUCAUGUGGUGAAGAUCAACGCGAGACAGGUGAGGCGGAAAUAAAAGAGGUCGGGAGUCCCGCUUCACCGUGUCAUUAAAACGGACGUUGGUGGAAGCGCGAGACAAAGGAAGCGAGGGAGAAGGACGAUCGGAACGAGGAAAUGAAUGGAUGAAAACGGAGGAAGCCGGGUGAAAAUUGUAAACGAAGAAAGAACCGAAGACAAAGGACGUAAUUCGCGGGGGAACGUUCUGAAGGGGCGAGAGGAUCAUUUCGCGAAACGGGGAAGUGUCUUUACACUGUGGAAAGUGCGGAGACCAAUGCUCAGGACCGUACGAUGGCCGAAGUCCUGCCCGAGAAUGUCCCGAGGCCUGUGAGCGUGGUUGCCGUCGACGGUGCUGCUGUGGAUAAUGCCAGGAACGGCGCGGACCGAACACAGGAAACACGAGACAAUGCUCGGUCUUUCACCUCGACAGAGGCGCAGACGGAGCUGGCACCUCACGGAGGCGGGUCGGCGAGCCAGACCGAAGAGAUUUCCGAUGGUAUGCGAGAUGCGCGUAGGCGGGAACGACGAAUACGCAGACAUCAUCGUCGCGCUCUGAGAUCCUGCUCCAUACCGCCGACGUAUCCCGGAACCGCACCAGGAUGUCAGACAGCUUCGUCCGCACCGGGAGUGCCGCUCGUGCCACCCGCCAGAGGCUUCCUUCAUCCUCCUCCCCCGCAUUUGGGUCUCAGAGGUCUCAGCCUCGGUCUACCCUUUCCCGUUCCUGCUAGCGUUUCUGCUUUCGGCAGGGACGCAGUGCCGAAACAGUGCUGUGGUUUGAGUUCCCCUCCAGUACGCUGGUCCAUUUUAGGCGUCGGGUUCGUAGGUCUCGUCUGCGCGGGUGCCGGUACUCUUCUUGGUGCCCUCAAAGCUUCCGGCCGUGAUCACCUCGUGGGAAUAUUUAUGUCUGGUAUAGGAGUGCUUCUGGUGUUGGUUAGCGCAGUUGCGUGGCGACUGACCAACCAAGAUUACUGCGGUAGCUUGUUCGGUUUCACAGGUAUUUCCGGUAGAAUACCUCCUGCGAGACCGAUACAUCCUUACGCCGCUAUGAUCUAUCCGGAAUUCCAGUUUAGAACGCCGCCACCGAGUUAUCAGGCUAGUAUGCAAGAAUAUAGACUUCGGUUAUUGUUGCUGGACCGAUUGCAGCCCACAUCGUCGCCGCCGCCGACUUACAGAUCGAACGCGGGCAGCAUCGUGGUGCAGCCUCCCGGUACAGCGACGAGGGAGAGCCGGCCGCCGAGUUACUGCGCUGAGACGAAUGUCACGCCUAACGCCAAUCUAGUGCCCUCGAAGAAAGAUGCGAAUCUCGUUAGAAUCGUCCAGACCGAAUCCGAGCCGGUUAUUCUCAGCGGCGAUCAAACGCCACCCGUAGCUACCGUCGAAGUGCUGGCGCAUCUUUAAAUUAGGCGACAAGUUCACCUAUGCUUGGCCAUUUCCUUUCUUUUCCUGAGGUCUAACGCGAUUGUGAUUAUGUACCUAAAAGAUGGUAUAAAUAUAAUUGUAUAAAUUAACUACGAGCAUGCGAGAAAAGAUGAAGUACAAUAGAACGCCAUUGUAUGCCUUCACACCUCAACUGCCAGGUCGAAUGCAUCACAUGUAGAUAUUAAAUUCGUCAUGACUUGGAGCUGUGCACACAG